AUGACGGACGAUAGUAACAGGUGGGAGUUCACGGCUCCAAAAUAUUUUAAUUUCACGAACCCGCGAGCGGACUCGGACGCGGAGGACGGAUACUUUGAGAGCGCGGCACCGAGGGCGCUGUCGACGCCGAGUGAGCGAAGAGUGCGGCCGGCGGAACGCGACGAGACGCUCGAUGGGAAGAUCGCCACAGACGAGCGAUGCGCGUUCAUGCGGGAUCCAGAGAACAGGGGAAUGAACGGUGACCUCGAUAGGACGUCGCCAAAGGAGAUUCCGGGACGAUUACAGAGUCGCACGCCAGGACGUACACCGCGAAGGUUGGGAGCGCCGAGACGUGCGGCGGCGAACGAUGGAUCGAGUGAACGGAAGGUGAAGACGCCGAAGACGGUGGAGAAUACGCCGGUGCGUCGAUCACCUAGGUUGCUCGCGCUGGUAACGUCAAGCAUGAAGAAGGAGGCCUCGAGCGCGAAGUCGCCAAGGUUGGACGCUUCGCGAGGACGCUCAUCACAGAAGAGGACGCCUAAGGAGAACGCGACGAGAAGAUUCACCUCUCAGUCGCCCAUGAAGCGAAUUUUGAAAACACCCAAACCCACGGCAUAUCGCGUGGCGUCGAUCGCGAAGCAUGAACGCGACACGCAGUCAGUGCUAGAGGCGAGACGAAAGGUGACCGAGCCAAUAGCGCCAACGUCACGGUUGCUCGAGAGUACCAAGAGACCCAUCACGCCGAUGGAAAAGUUUAGAUCACGCAAGGAAAAGCUCCGCGCGUUCGAGACCGGUGGGAGAACGACGGAUUACGAAGAUUUGACACAGAUUCCUGCGUCGACGACGACAACGCGAGCGGUGAGUCCAAAGUUCACCAGGACUCGCAUGAAGCAAAAGAUUUUGACAACCGAAGAGCGCGAGCUCUUGGAGAUCCAAAACACCAAGGCGGCGAUGGAGAGAGAAAAGCAGAAGCGACGGACGAGCUCGUACGCGCCUCCAUACACAACGAUCAAAUCCAAGUUGGCGCAUUCGUUGACGUCGGCUCGGCGGAGCAAAGUAUACCCAGAGCCACCGCUCGCCGUCGACGACGUCUCAGACGCGAUCCGCCGAACGCGCUCGAGGCGAACGUCGGCACCGAUGAUGGAGAGGACGAGAUCGGUGGAAAAAAUCGAGCAAACACCUCCGGAGGACGCGCGAAAGAGGAAGCGUAUCUCCAUCACCGGGUCGGUCUUGACUGAAAUAACGCCGUUUCAACUCUCAACCGAGCAGCGAGGCGCGUACCACAAACGGAAGUUUGCUCGCUUGCAAGAGGAGGAAGCAAAGCGCAAAAAAUCCGAGCACCGCCCAUUCAAGGCGACGCCGGUACCACCUGAACAACGCGCGGGCGUGUCGAUCACGCGCCAGGCGCUCGCUAACUUGCUCGGACGCGGAAAGAAUUAA